ACGCGUACGUUUUGCAAUUUAUGCGCGCGCUAUUGUGAAAAUACGGCUUCAAGGAGCGACACCUUAGCUUGUGCAAUGACAUAGCAACUCAAUAGCCUUUUCAAUUUUUCAACCUAAAUUCACCUAGCAUUCCGUUGGUAAAGGAGCCCCAAGUCUUAGCCUACAUCUGAAGGUGAUCAAAAGAGGAAUAUUGGACUAUUUUGAAGCUCUCAUCGCUCAGAUUUUACAUUACAAGAUGAGCAACUCACCAGCGAAACCACCAGCGAGCGGCGGUGGCACUGCCUCGGGUAAGAAGAAAGGAGGUGGCUUCUUGCAGAGGAAAGCCAAGGAAAAGAAAGCUCAUUCACAUUCUGAAGAAACAGUUACUGAAGAGGAGCUUCUACAAAAGGAAUUCGUCACACCAGAGGAUGUUCUAAAGUUGAAAGACUGCACAGAGAAUUACCUGUGCGAUCCAGAUGCCAAUAUUUUCAGUAUAGACUUCACUCGGUUCAAGAUCAGAGAUAUGGAAACGGGGACUAUUCUAUUUGAGAUUGCCAAGCCACCACCAUCAGAGAAUGAUGAUGAUGUAGAACCAGAACCAGAAGAUGUUGAUCCCAAUGCUGGACGAUUUGUACGCUAUCAGUUCACACCACAGUUUCUCAAGCUGAAGACGAUUGGUGCAACGGUAGAGUUUGUGGUAGGUGAUAAACCAAUCAGUAACUUCCGGAUGAUUGAGAGGCAUUACUUCAGAGAUAGAUUGCUCAAGAGCUUUGACUUUAACUUUGGCUUCAUUAUCCCAGAUAGCAAGAAUACCUGUGAACAUAUAUAUGAGUUCCCUCAAUUAUCUACAGAUGAAGUUCAUGAAAUGGUAGAGAAUCCAUUUGAGACCAAGUCCGACAGCUUCUACUUCGUUGACAACAGGCUGAUUAUGCACAACAAGGCCGACUAUGCUUACAACGGAGGCAUCGGGGCCAUGUGAUCUUACACCUUUUUACCUUGUGUCUUCAUCCCUUCUCAUGUGUCAAUAGCUGUACAGACAUUUAGGAGCCAUGUGAAAAUUGGGUCACCAGUCUAUGUCACUGUCAAUCACUUCACAGAUGAAACGGUUACCACUCUCCUUGGCAGAAUGUUCUCUUAUCUCAUGUAUAAUAGCUAUAUAGAAGGUUGUAAGAGUCGUGCAUUAUCGCGAGUCACCAGUCUAUCACCAAUCACAUCACAAUUCUGCAUGGCAGAUGUUAAUAUCAUCUCAUUGGUCACUAGCCAAAUAGAUUAAUGAAAAUGUCAUUUUAAAGAAGGAUCACCAGACAAAUUAUGAUUGAUCACAAUCAAAUUUGUUACCAGUUUAUAUCAUCUUAUUGAUCAGUAACUGUAUAGAUGAUUAUAAGAGCCAUGUGAAAAUUGGAUCUCCAGUCUACCCCUAAUUAUUUAACAAUUGAAAUACCUGUCAAAAUGUUCUUAUGAAUGUUCUCUCUUCUCUUGUGAUGCCUAUACAGAUGAUCAUAAGAGUUUUGUGAAGAAAUGGUCACCAGUCAUAUCCUAGUUGCAAAUCCUACUAUCUUUCAAACAAUACUCCUCUCAUGUGUGAAAAGCUGUACAGUUUGAAAUGAGAAUGCCCACAAGAUUUGGUCACCAUUCAAUGACAUUUACAGCAUUUUCUACCAGGUUUUGCAUUGUACAUAAAAAUAAAAAAGGAAAUCAAUAUAUAUAUAUAUCUCAAACUUCACAAUUUAUUGUAUUCAUCGACUCCCACCAGAAAAAAUUGUUUACCUCAUCAUGGGGGGAAAAGGAAUUUUCUUUCCCUCAUAUAAAAUUACCUUUUUUAUUCUGAGUUUAAAUAAAUACCCACAUUUUAGAUUUGGUGGUAGAUCAUAUUCUUUUUUUAAAAUCAAAAUAUUUCAUUGAAACUUAUAUGAUAUUGUAGAUAAAUAUGAGCUGUUUUCGGAUAUUGGUAUUCACUUCCAUUAAUCUUCACAAGCUUUUACAUCUGAGAGGGGAUAUACAGAACUCUUUUCUUUGCACAAUCUGUACAGCUAUUGAUGUACAGACUACACACAUCUACAUUUGUGUCCACAAGCUUUUAAUCAUCAAAAAAGUAGUGAGAGAAUUCUUUUGGAAAAGGUUAUGAUUUGCCCCAAUCUGGGCUCCGUAUCACAAAGAUAAGUGAUCAAUCAAGUGGACUGACUAAUCGAGAUCAGUGUUACACCAGCAUUUGGUUUAAAUACUGACCAGGAACCAAUCAGAAGUAUUCUUUACAUAUUUGCUAUUCAUCACUAAGCUGUGUGUUAAGGGCCCAGGCCCUGUAACACAAAGCUUAGUGAUCGAUUGUACAAUUGAUUUGUUUGAUUGUUAAGAAUGAUCACUGCAGUUAAUCAUUAAAAAUCAACUUGAUGAUCAAUGCUGUGUUCUGGGGCCCUUGUAUUAACUACUAUGAUUCCUUUUUAUGCAAUCAUUAUUAUUUUGAUAAAAAAAUGAUUUGAAGCAAAAUGAAGACUGUGUCUAACAAUAUAUUCCCUUUAUUGACAAUGACUGGAAUGAACAGUUAAGUGUGUCCUGUAUUUUCAUCAUGGCGUAGUCAUCUGAUAGGUAAUAGAGAAUAUAUUUUCAUGAUUGCAACGUACUAUCAACAAGUUGAUAGAAAGAAGGAUUAUUGGAAGAUAGUUUUACAGUACUGUUUUGAUAGACCAAUUGUCCAUAUUUUUCCUCUCUUAUUUCAACAAAUACCUUUUUUUUCUAAUUUGAACAUAAUUGAUUUUCAAAGUGUGUAUAAAAUUUUGAUUUUUUUUUUCUUGAAAUCUUAAGAAAUUUAGUGUAUUCUUUUGUAAAUAGAUAAAUCUGAUAUUAUAUUGGGAAGAGUGGGAGAUUGUUUAAUUAGAGUUUUGUUUUUCACAUUUAUAUGUACUUAGAGAUUUUUUCAUAGAAUAUUCCAAUGAAAUUCAACCAUAAUCAUUCCGGGAUUUAAGAGUAUAUAUAUAUAUAUAAACUGGACCAAUUACAUGUUAUGCUGUCUUUAGAAUUUGGUUUAUGAAAACAGCAAUGAAAUGGAUAAACUCACUUCAGGCUUAGUUAGAUUCCGUUCAGACUCUGUCCGACAAAAAGACACAACAGACCGAAGCUUAUUUUUUGUACAAGGUCAAUACAGUAACGGAGAAAGAAAGAGAAAUUGCUAGGGCAGGAGAUUUAAUAUAUACUCUGCAAAAUGCGUGGAUUAGUCAGUUGUAUAGCAAGUUUCUGUGCACAACUAGAAAAAAAAUCUUUAGAGAGUUGGUGUACAUAUUGAGUAUUCAUUAACAUCGUUUGGAAGGUUUGUUGUGCUAUAUGUCUGAAUAGACCUUGCAUGUGAGUUCACAUGCCCUGCUUUAGAAAUUGAAAGGUAGUGAGUAUGAUUGUGAAGCUAGGACAUCAUCAUCAAAUUCAUUGUGGAGAGUUUCUGAUGUCUGCUCACAAUUAAAUUCAUUUUAAAGAUGUGAAAAAAAAUUUUGGGGGAAAAAUUAGAAGGAACCUUGAAUUCGAGAGUACUUCAAUACAGAGUAAACUCAUUUUCAGUGAUGAACAGAUGGCCUACCUAUUUCAUGCUGAUUUUUUUUCCAUCAAAUUUCACCUGUUAAUCUUUUCCAUCUGCCAAAUGACUUAAGGGAAAAAAAUAUACUUAGAUAAUUGAAUGGAGUGAUCAUCUGAUAUUUUCAAUCAAUAUGUGUACAUAGGAGAUUAUACAAAUGAUUCUUUUUUAUCACCUAUUUAAAGACACUAUUACACUUUCCAUUUUAUGUGUUAUGUGUAAUCUUGUGUGCGAAGAUGAUUGCAACAAGAGUAGGGAGUAGGUGUGUUCUAGGAAAAAUUUUCUGUGGUUAUGGCGUAUCUUUAAUCUACCUUGUCUCUCCUUUUAGAUUUGUUAUGGUUGUGAAUGCCUGACAAGCAUUAGGUCAAAGUAACAUUGAUCUCAGCUUAAAAUAGAACUCUUGACAAAUUUUCUAUUGCAGGGUUUCUAAAAUGUUAAUGUCCACCGCCCCUAGUUUAUAUUUAUUCAUUAACAGGAAAGGCACUAGAAAUAUAUAUACCAUCAUAUUUAAUUGUUAAGAGUCCAGCACAUACAAGUGCAUGUAUUCCAAUUCUUGUUAAAAAAUCUAAUGAUAUGAGAUGGAAUGCGGUUGUAUGUCAAAACUUUUCAAUGUGCAAGAUGCAUACAUGUAUUGGGCAUGCUUAUGACAAUACUUAAUUGGUGUAGCUAAUUUGUUGAUUUCGUAGAGUUGUAAAUUCAUUUUACUUUUUAUAAAAACAAGAAGUAAUUCUGUGAGGGGUAUUCUAUAAAUCACCACAAAUAAUGUUCUCUUUGAUUUUCAAUGAUAUAUUGUGGCACUCAUAGUACUUAUUCACUUUAUCAUCACAGAGUAGUUUUGAUGUUAAAGAUCUACCUUUUUUCUUUGUUUAGUAGUACAUGUUUGUAUCUUUACUAUUUAUAUUCAAAAUUUCAAAUAACAAAUUCAUCUGUGUCUAAAUCAAGUCUUGUGUUGUCUUGUGUAAGAAGCUUUUGCUAACUUGUCUUUCAUAUUGAUGUACGAAAGAAAAGAGAGGGAAUAACUGGUCAAGAAAAUAAAUGUAUUAUACCGUCCACUGUGGUUUGUCCUCUGUACUAUGAUUAACAUUUAUGUACCAUUAUUUACAUUUGUUUGUUUUAUAUUAAAAGCUAGUACUUGUCUUAUUUGUAUGUUGAUGUAUUGUGAAGAGGAUCUUUAGUUUUGUCCAUGGAUUGAUCUAGUGCACUAUUGUGGUAGGGAAUAUGAAUUAGGGGAGAUAUGAUUUUAGCACUGGGGAGGGAAGGGGAAUGGAACAAUUAUGAAAUAUAAUACAAGUGAUGAUACUCUGGAUGAAUGAACAAGAUCUCUUCAAGUUAUCCUCAUCCUUGUCAUCAUUAUUGUUCCCACCACAACCACGAUCUUAAUCAUAAUCAUCCUUGUCCUCAUUGUAUAUUGAAAGUGUUUUCUAUUUUAUCCUCCUCAUCUCUCUUCCGUACUUUUAAUGUAUUAAAGAAAUUAAAAUAAGAAUAAAGGUAAGGUGGCAUAAGCCAUGACAAAACAAUAUAAAGCACCAAAAGUAGAUGAUGAAAACAAAUGGGUUGCUGUUUCAUUAGAGGAUUCAUGUAUAUGACUGUUAUUCUUCGCAUGAAAUUUAAAACGGCACUUCUAUGGACAAAGCUAUAGUAUGCUCUGACAAUGUUUGUAUUCAUGUACUAGUAUUUUAUUCUAUUAUUCUAUGUGUACUAAUUGAUUGUAUCUCAUUGAAGUUGAAGCAAGGAAUGGAAAAGUUGCUUUUUUAUCACUGUAGGUGAGUGCAGAUGGUUAGAGAUUUCUGCCUCUGCUAUUUCAUUUUCAGAUCAGAAAGUAGGAUUAGUGUUUGGUGUGUACAGGAUAUUUCAUUAUCACUUAUUUUUAGGAUUAUAUAUCUACUUAAACAUGGGAGCAUCAUGCAGUGCAAGAGUAUUGGAUGUCUUAAGAGCUUGUUCAUUCUAAAGUAGGAUUAUUGUGCAAAUUGAAGGCCAACUUUUCAUAACAAAAUCAAUUCUAUCUUCACUUUUCUUAUCUCUGUGUUUUAACAGAAAUUUGAUGCACGGUAUAUACUCUCAUAAGGUCUGCAGUUUAUGACCAGGGUCCCGUAACCCAAAGGUUGGCGAUUAAUCGUACACUUGAUUUUCACGAUCGAUUGUACAUUGUAGUCAAUGGAAUCAAUCGUAGAUAAAUGUUCUACGAUCAUUGCUAAGCUUUGUGUUACGGGCCCCUGGUGUCUGAGCAAGUGUCACAAGUUUCACUCAUUUUUAAUGAGAACGUGCACAUCGAUACAGUGGUGGAUCGAGCCGGUUAGACAUGAUACCAAUGCAAGGGCCAUAUUGUCUAUGCACAAAAGUGGGUCCAUCCAAAGUAUUUUGUCUAAUUUGGCUUAAUCCACCCCUGCGACAUCAAUUCAACUUUUGUCACAUGUAAAUGUAUUGUAUUCUAACAAGCCUUGUGUCACAUCUUACAGUUUUACAAUGUAUUCUCAUCCUGGUAUGAACAAUGAAUAUUUAUUCCCCUGUGAUGUAGAUCAUUAAAGGGUAUCGAUUUCAUGUAAAUACCAAAUGAAGUCACACUUGUAAAAAUGUUUUCCGAAUCAGACUAGGGUAUGUUAUGUGUUGUUGAAUUCUGGAUAUAAUUCAUAGUCAUACGCAAUAGCACUCAUUAAUCUGAAUUGCUAAUUUCAUUAUGUACAUGGUAAGCAAUCAUUUUCACAAUUACUUUAACAGUCUCAAUGAAGGUCUUUAUCUUUAUAAAAGGCAUUGAUGUAUGUGAGAGCUCCAUAAUCUUAACAUUUAUGUCAAUACAACUAAUUUUUGUAAGCUAUUAAUUCUGAGAAAUCUUGUCUAUAUUUAUGAUAACCCGUAUUCUCAUGUCAAUCACAUAUUUGCUUUGAAUUUCUUAUAGUGAUGAAGCAUGAAGAUUUAUAACAGCACAGAGACUUGUCUUUUAAAGGAUAAAUGAUGCAUUUUCAUAGCACAAAUGUCAAGUGAUGUAUUUUUCAGUUUGGAGUAGUAAAAGUAUUGGUUUUUAAAAUCAAAUGACACCCAAUAUUUAUUUUCACACUCAUUGGUAGGCGUAUUUGUUUUUUAUUUGACGAACAAGCACCUUGUGUUUGGUAUUGCCCCAUACUUGAUCAAUCCUUGGAAAGUAUAUGCUUUGUAAACACUUUAUAGACCCUUGCACACGAACACCUUAUCACUGUUAGCACCCAAUCAUAAUACUACCACAUAUGUGUGAAUUUUCAUAAGUAUAGUGUAGAUGUGGUGUUUGCUCUCACAAUUUACAUUUCCAUUUUGGAAGCUUGAAAUAUUUAGAAUGGCUGUCCUUAAAUUUUGUUUUACAGCUGUGUAUGCUCAAAUGCUACAAUGUAUAUAUAUAUAUAUAUGUAUGUAACAGAUGAACCUUGCUUUUUGUUUCAAUGAUUUGCCUAUGUUGCAAUGACUACUUUAAUCUGUUGAAAAAUAGCUAAUUCAAGUGCCUAAAACAUGCUUUAUGUGACCAGUAACCUAUUGGGAUCUCCUUGCAGAUCUAUUAUUUCUCCAUUCAUUUAUUAUGUCACAAGGGAAAACUUGUUUUUAUUUAGGGAAAUUCUACUGUUGGGCGGUAUCAAUCCUGCAAGAGAAAAUAUACUAUCACAGUGAGAUUGUUACCAAAUGAACAGUUCAAGAUGAACAUCACAACAGCACAUUUGAAGUACUUGUGACAUUAGGCCUACCAGCAAUUUAAAAUUUUAAAAAGAAAAAUGAAAGUCAUUUUGCUCAACUUUUUUUUUAAUAUUCUACUCUCAUUCCUGUAAAAUCAUAGCUAUGUGAUGAAAUGAUGUCAAUGCUAUAUGCAGAGUUUAUUAGGAUAGUAAAGAGUUGUAUUGUUAUGUGUGAUGCUUCACAAUCACCAUGUAUUCUAGAGGGUUGAAGGUAGACAGAUGCAGAGAAAUUAAUUUAGAAUGUAUAAAGAUGAUAUGAUUCUGCUUAGAAAAUGAUAUACUUAUUUGAGUUUUAAAAUCACCUUGAUGAGCAUAUGUGUGCAUUAAUAUUUCCUGCAUGUUAACCACUAGCCAUUAAUUUAUGUUGAUUGUAGUAAAAUAAUAUCUUGGAUCAGGAGAUUAUUUCAUGAAACAAAAAGUGAUUUUCACCAACUAAUGCUACCAAAAUCCUGUGCAUUGAAUUGGCUCAGAGCAAAUUUGUCAGUGAAAAUCUGACAAGAUAGUUCAUGAAACACUUCUGUGAAUUCACAAAGAUGGUUUAGAUGUAAACCUUGGUUAAAGCAGUUUUCAUGAUGUAAGUGUUCUUGAUUUAGAAUAUAUAGAUAGAAAGGUCCAGUAAUUAAUGAAUAUCUUUGGCAAGGGAUGCUAAAUUUCACAGUUUAUUAACAUCAAUUUAUACAAACUGUGGUUGAAAUAUAGAGCAUCUAGUGUGAUUUUAGCACCCUACAUUGUAACAUGCUUUCAAAUAGACCUUUCAAGGUAUAUCCACUAAAUCAAGUGGACUUUUACCACAAAAGCUGUAUUUACCAAGGUCUAAUUCUAGCCACCUAUUGAUGGACUCGUGGAUGCAAAAGGAAGACACAGAUUUAAUAAUACUGCUAAAUAAAAAACAAAAUGUUUCAAGAUUUGCAUAAACACCCCUAAUCCUAUCAUUUUAUACAUGUAUAAACAAAACUUUGAAGUUGCAAUCCCAAGUAGUAUACACUCACUUGUUACAAUUUUAAGUGAACAGAAGUUGUAAAAUCUAAUAAUGCGUAAUACACACAACACUCCUGAUUUAACCAUCACAGUAUCACACAUGUGCACAGCAAUUAAAAUCUUGCAGUACACUUUGUAUACAUGCGUUAUUCAGUAUCUUGUAUCUUGAAGCAUUAUUGUGCUAUAAAGAGGUCAUACAAUGUCCAAGUUGCUGCCGUCAAUUCAUGUGCUUAACCUUAUUUCUUUUUUAAAAGGAAGAAUUCAGUGAAAUUGGCAGAGAUAAAUCUACAUGGUGUGUUUGUCAUUAAAAAAUUACAAAAUAUGUGCUGCUAUUGAACAGUGUUAUUGAUGAUGUUUUGUUAUAGUCUAUAGAGUCAGACCAUGUAGGAGAGAAAAAUAAUUCUUCACACUUUGAUUAGAGACUAACCAAAUGAAUUUUACCUGUUUUGUGUGGAUUUUAAACAAAAAUAUGUAAUAUUGUAAUUAAAUCAAAUUGUGACUAUUUUUGCCUACAUUUUCUUUUUAGUGUUGGAUUACUAGUAAUCUGUCGUUGAUUUUCAUAAAUGUGAUUUUUUAACAGACAUAAGAUAUUCGAUGUAACAUAUUUCAUUGAAAGAUAAUAAAAGUUCUCCUUAUGUCAUGCAA